AUGGAGGAGCACAGCACCCGGAACACCGCCGGCGCCCAGGACACUGCCGGCACCCAGGAGACCUCCGGCACCCAGGGCACCGCCGGCACUCAGAGCACCGCCGGCACCCAGGACACCGCCGGCACCCAGGAGACCUCCGGCACCCAGGGCACCGCCAGCGCCCAGGGCACCGCCGGCACCCAGGACACCGCCGGCACCCAGGAGACCUCCGGCACCCGGGGCAGCCUGGGCAGGGUCGUUUGCAUCCUGACCGGUGCCUCCCGGGGCUUUGGCUACAGCCUGGCACUGGAGCUGUGCAGCCGCGUCUCGCCGGGGUCGGAGAUAUUGCUGGUGUCCCGCACCGAGGAUGCCAUGCGCUGCCUGGCGGAGGAGCUGGGGCGGAAGUGCCCAGGGGUGCGCGCCCUCUGGCAGGCGGCGGAUCUCGGCACCCAGGAAGGGGUAGCGAAGGUGAAAGAAGCUGCGCAGGAGCUGCAGGGCUGCCACGCCGCAGAGAAGCUCAUCAUUGUCAACAAUGCAGGAUCUCUCGGGGAUAUCAGGAAGUCGUUUGUGGAUUUUACGGAUCCCGAGGAGGUGAAUAAAUAUUUCUCUUUCAACGUGACGUCCGCCAUGUGCCUGACGGCCUCCCUGCUGCGGGCUGUCCCGUCGCGGCCCGGGCUGCAGAGAGCGGUGGUGAACGUCUCGUCUCUGGCGGCCCUCAAGCCCCAGAAGUCCUGGACUCUGUAUUGCUCCGGGAAGGCGGCGCGGGACAUGAUGUUUCAGGUGCUCGCCACGGAAGAGCCUGAUAUCCGGGUUCUAAACUACGCACCAGGGCCCCUGGAUAAUGAGAUGCAGAGGCAGGUGCGCACCGAGACGGCCGACCCCGACAUACGGCGGCUCUUCGGUGAGAUGAAGGAGAAGGGGCAGCUGGUGGAGUGCGGGGUGUCAGCCAGGAAGAUGAUCGACCUUCUUGUAGCCGAUUCUUAUCAGUCCGGGGCUCAUGUCGACUUCUUUGAUUAAUGUCUCGGUAACGGCCUCGGUAACGUCCUCGGUAACAGCCUCGGUAACGGCCUCGGUAACGGUCUCCGUGUCUGAUAUGGCCGGUUCUUUUCUAUGGAAUAUGUUGGUGCCUCGCAGGAGCCUUAUGUGCCUUGCCCAAAUAGCCACCGUGCGACACUAGAGCUACAAUGGAGGUCGUUGCAGGCAGCAGCACGGUCCUCCAUUGCGAUCAGAGGAUCUCGCCAACUGGCCCAUAAUCCCCACUGCCUGUGCUGUGAAAACUAGGACUGUUGGCAGGUAUGAAGCUCACUGUGGCUGCCCUAUUUUGAGUGUGAGAGGAGUUAAGCGAGGCAGGAGUCUCGUUUUACUAUCUUCAAUAACUAAGGAGUACCUUCACCAAUUUUCCUGCAGAAAUGGAUUCCAAAAAUGUAUUAAAAAUAAAAAUAUCAUUUUCAGAAUUUGACUGUUCCUUUAA